CCCGGAUAUGAUCUCGGCACGGCAACUUUAGUUGCUUCCCACAAACCCCUAGUUCUUCCUUUCCGACAUUUUCCCUGCGAUAAUGGCUCCUACAAAGAAAGGUGGAGAGAAAAAGAAGGGCCGUUCAGCCAUCAAUGAGGUGGUGACGAGGGAAUACACCAUCAACGUCCACAAGCGCAUCCAUGGAGUGGGUUUCAAGAGGAGGGCUCCCCGUGCCCUCAAGGAGAUACGCAAGUUUGCCAUGAAGGAGAUGGGAACUCCUGAUGUUCGCAUUGAUACCCGUUUGAACAAAGCAAUGUGGACAAAAGGUGUAAGGAACGUUCCAUACCGUGUUCGUGUGCGUCUGUCCAGGAAGCGCAAUGAGGAUGAGGACUCUCCCAACAAGCUGUACACCCUGGUUACAUACGUUCCUGUUACCACAUACAAAGGUCUGCAGACAGUCAACGUUGAUGAGAACUAAAUUCUGUUGAAUCGAAAGAAAAAAAUAAAGUGAAUAAAACAAA